CAUUCCAUAUUAACAAAACAAAGAAACAAAAAAGAACAAGCGAAGAGAUGAUUUUGAGAAUCAAGUUCAACUCUUUAGAAAUUUCACUUCUUCAACAUGAGCAUUAUGUGAGGUAGAAGGGGAAUGAGAAGGAGGAUAAAGAUGACGAUGAAGAGGAUGAUGGCAUAACAAGUCCAUUUCCUGGAGCUCUUUUGGUACUCCCUCGCGUCUUGGAGCUGAUCAGUCCCUCUUCUAACAAACGAGCUCGCUUUCGCUACAUGGCUCUCUAUGUUGUUUAAUUGUUGCCCUUGCGCUUCCACUAGAGCUGCCAUGUCCAAGAAAACUUGGUGCAGCUCUAGUAGAUUUUUCUCUAUCUCCUUCACUGCAUCAUGUCUCUCUUGGAUCUCAGAUAUCGUGUCUAGGAUUUGACCUCUUCCUUGCUCUUGAAUCGCUUUCUGGAGGAAAUUCUCGCUCUCACCGCUUGCUAUCAAGUUAUCGAUUGUUUGCUCGUCUGCUUUUUCUCCUGUUAUUGUGAAGUACCUGCACCAAUUCCAACAUAAUUAUAUAACUUGCAACCCAAUAAAACAAACAGAGCAAUAGCUUGAAACACAAGAAACCUAGAGAAAAACAAAGACCUGCGCUCUACGGUUUCCUUAUACUCAUUGUUCAUACGAGCACGCAGACCUUGGAAACUAUCCAUCAAGUCUUUGAGCUUCUUCCCGAGACCGCUAACCACAGAAGAUCGAGUCCUAUCCGUAGACGAACCGGGCCCACAACCCGGGACAUUACGGCUAUUAGCAUUCGCUUUCUCUAAGGCUUCGAGCUUCUGCUUAAUGAUUUUAACCCUUUUCAGGACCAUUCCUACGUCCCCAUCCAUCUUAGCUCGUAGCUCUUUUACUUUCUUGGCAUUGUGAACCGUCUUGCACUCUUCAUUCGAGUCUUGAAGCUUCUUAUAAAGAGUCUCGACUCCUUUCAUGUCGUCCUUCACAUUCUCGACAUCCUCGAAGAAUUUGUCGAGGUUCAUCGUUUCUUGACCUGCCUCAACAUCGCGCAGUUGAGCCUGGUUCUUCUUGAAUGAAUUAGAGAAUAAAUCGUUCAUUUUAGCUCUGUUUUUUUUUUUUUUUUCUUUUUCUCAGGCUUAAUUAUGUACAAAAGUUUUUUUGUUUAUUGGGUUUUAUGUGUUUUUUCUUUGAAUGUUUUUGUUCAAAAGCAAUUGAUUAUGAUGAUGAACAUCACCAUCGUCAUCCUCUGUAUGAGUACGAGGAAGAAGAUGCUAAGAAGUUUUUCGUUUUCUUUAUUUUGGUGAGUGAAAAAGAAAAACUCUGGUUUUGCUGGAAGGUUUAUUUUGUUUUGUUAGAAACGAGAGACACAAGCCACUUUUGGUAAUUGUCCAAAUUUAGUCAACGGCAUAACUUUUUCUUAACCAAAUUAGCUCCAUUUGGUCAAAGACGUCAUUACCCUUCUAUUGGGCCAAGCCUAAAGCCCAAUUAAUAGUCCAUUUCUUGUGCUUCUCUUCUUCUCCCGAGACCUGUUUUGAUUAAACCUCACAAACCCUAAUUUUGACCUGAGUCGCUUCGUUUCCGAUCGGAGGAAGUAUCUGGCGAUGAAGGAAGGCUUGGAUAAUGACGAGGCGGGUUCAUUGGCUCCGCCGACCAGUGCUAGGCAUAUUGGGAAGAGAGCUCGCAAGAACAAAAGCCUCACCGUCUCUUUUGACGAGAAAGAUCUCAAGGAUUUUGUGACUGGUUUUCACAAGAGGAAGAAGAAAAGAAGAAAGGAAGCUCAGAAGCAGCAGGAGGAAGCUUUGAGGCGGAAACGUAUCGAGGCCCGUAAGAAUAGGAAAUUGGAAGAGUUAAUGGUUGCUGGUCAUGGCGAGGAUAAUGAAGAUGGGGAAGCUGAAGAUGAAGAGGAUGCAGAGGAUGAAGAAGCAGAACCUGAUGCGUCAACGUCUGGCACGACGAUGUAUGAUACAGGCGAGCUGAAAGUAACUGUGACAACAAGCGCGAUAUCUUGUGAAGAGGAAGAGCCUAUUCGCAAGGACAAGACCCAGUCAACAGAAUCGGGUUCCACGGCCAAAGCCUCCACAAAGCAGCCUGUGCCUGUGAGGAAAACCAAACCCAUGAAACAGAGCAGGAAACGGUCAAGCACCAAAACUAUGAAGAAAAGGGAUAAGAAGAAACAAGCAAGAGGGAUAAAGACUCCGCGGUAGAAAUAGAAAUUUCUAUAUCUUGUCCUUUAUUAAAAGAGUUUCUGAUGAUUCGGACUCUCGAGCGUUUGGAUUGUUUGCUGCGGUUGGAAUUGUGGGUAACAUUUGGAUAAUGUUGAGUUUUGUAGUAACAAUCACAUUUGUUAAAUAAAUCUGUAAUGUUACACUCG